AUGUACCAUCUUCUAUUCACUCCCAUAUUCGUCCUGCCCGGAGUCGACCCGAACGAGGUGACCCCUGACAUGGUCCUACCUGAGUUCAACAUCGUCAUUGGACCCUACGCCGGCGAAGUGAAGAUUAAAGAGGUGGUGUUCGUGAAGAGCAGUAGUAUAGUUGAGGAAUUUGACCGGCCCGAGUUUGCUAUAUUGGGCCGGUCCAAUGUCGGCAAGUCGUCGCUUAUCAAUGCCUUGGUUAAGAAGAAGGAUGUUGCUCUCACUUCUAAGAAGCUAGGGAAGACUAAGUUGAUCAAUCAUUUCUUGGUGAACAAAGAUUGGUACUUUGUGGAUUUUCCUGGUUAUGGGUUUGCUAAAGCUCCAGAAGCAGCUCGGAUGGAUUGGUCUGCAUUCACAAAAGGUUUCUUUUUAAAUAGAGAUAAUCGUGUUGCUGUUCUUCUUCUUGUGGAUGCCAGUGUUCCACCUCAGAGGAUUGAUCUAGACUGCGCGAAUUGGCUUGGACGAAAUAAUAUACCAAUGACUUUAGUCUUCACGAAGUGCGACAAAAUGAAAGGGGGCAAAGGUAAAAGACCAGAUGAGAACCUUAGGAAAAACACAGAAAUUUGA